UUAGGAUAAAGUCCUUUAUAUUUCUCAAAAACCCAUUUACAGAGACCCAAAACAAAUGGCAACUGUAGGAGGAAUUCGUGAGUCUGGAGGAUCUCAAAACAGCCUUGAGAUCAACGAUCUUGCUCGUUUUGCUGUUGAUGAACACAAUAAGAAACAGAAUGCUCUUUUGGAGUUUGGAAAGGUUGUGAAUGUGAAGGAACAAGUGGUUGCUGGAACCAUGUAUUAUAUAACACUGGAGGCGAAUGAAGGUGGUAAGAAGAAAGCAUACGAAGCCAAGGUCUGGGUGAAGCCAUGGCAGAACUUCAAGCAACUUGAAGACUUCAAGCUUAUUGGAGAUGCAGCUAGUGCUUAACAUGUGCUGAAUGAUGUACAACUCUUAUUUCUGUGCAAAUAAAGCUAACAUAUUUUAGCAUGUUAGUAUUUGAAUACCAUAAAGUAAGUUCAUAACUCUAUCGUGGUUCUGAAUUACGGGUAAAUAUAGCUUUGCAAUGUUACAUAUUCGUAUAA